GAGCGUAUAAAUGAGGCUGUGCGUUGUUGAACGGGCACACAGAAAUGUGAACCGCCACACUGAAAAGUGCAGUUGGAUAAUUUAGAAAGGCUGUAUGUGAGCCUUGCAAAUUCAGAGCAGGCCGAGUUACCUUAGAGGAGAUAUAAAACAAUUAUGGUGAUAGAAAAAAUGAGGCGCACGAUGGGUCAGCGUGACAAUAUCCGCAACAUGGCGGUUAUUGCGCACGUGGAUCACGGAAAGACUACGCUGACUGACGCCCUCCUUGCACGUGCCGGGAUAAUAUCAAUGGACCAGGCUGGGGACAAGAAAGCUACCCACACUCGCAAGGAUGAACAAGCAAAAGGAAUCACCAUUAAGUCCACGACCGUGUCUAUGCACUACGAGCUGAAUGUCCCCACUGGACCCGUCACCGAGGAGGUGCCGGCGGGGAGGUCACUGGUAGUAAACCUUAUCGACUCCCCAGGGCACGUGGAUUUCUCCUCUGAGGUGACGGCGGCACUGCGUAUUGCCGACGGAGCAAUGGUCGUCGUUGACUGUAUUGAAGGUAUAUGCGUCCAGACGGAAACGGUUUUACGACAAGCGUUGACGGAGAGGAUAAAACCCGUUCUGAUGAUCAACAAAAUGGAUAGGGCCGUGUUCGAGGUACAGCUGACUGCAGAGGAGAUUUACCAGUCACUUUCCCGGAUUAUUGAGAACGCUAACGUCAUUUUGGCAACGUACGGAGGGGAAGACGGCGUUAUGGGUGACAUCAUGUUGGAUCCAGCCAAGGGCAACGUGGCUUUUGGUUCUGGAUUGCACGGCUGGGGCUUUAACCUCGACCAGUUUGCGAAGAUGUAUGCCGAUAAGUUCAAGGUCAAGAAAGAGAAAAUGAUGCGCCGACUCUGGGGAAGCCACUUCUACAACCCGCAAGACAAGAAAUGGACCGACAGUCCAUCUAAAGGCAGCGAAAGAGGAUUCAACAAAUUUGUCCUCGAGCCUGUCAUUAAGAUGUUGCGUGAAUGCAAAGACAACCAGAAGGAGGGCGUGUUGGCUAUCACGGAGAAGCUUGGAUUACACCUAACCAAAGAGGACGCUGAACUUCAAGGAAAAUCUCUCAUGCGCUGCGUAAUGAAGAAAUGGCUGCCGGCAUCAGAAGCCAUGUUGCAUAUGAUAGUGAACCAUUUACCGUCACCGGAUGUAGCUCAGCGGUACAGGACUGAGAUGUUGUACGAGGGUCCCCUGGACGACCCCGCAGCUACAGCCAUGAAACAGUGCGACCCCAACGGUCCACUUAUGGUAUACGUAUCUAAGAUGGUGCCGUCAUCGGACAAGGGACGGUUCUACGCCAUAGCUCGGGUAUUCUCUGGCACUGUGGCAACAGGCAUGAAGGUGAGAAUAAUGGGCCCAGACUACCAGCCGGGAAACAAGCUGCAGACAGAUCUCUUCAUAAAAAACGUACAAAGAACGCUUGUCAUGGUCGGGGGUAAUGUUAUGUCGGUAGAUGAUGUACCGGCGGGAAACAUUUGUGGACUCGUCGGGAUAGACAAGUAUUUGGUGAAGACGGGGACUAUCAGUACGUACGAACAGGCGCACAACUUGAAGGUGAUGAAGUUCUCAGUGAGCCCGGUGGUACGUGUAGCAGUGGACGUAGUUAAUCCAGCACAUCUUCCUAAACUUGUAGAGGGAAUGAAAAGACUUUGUAAAGCUGAUCCCAUGGUUCAGUGUUUGGUGGACAAUGGUCAGCAUAUAUUGCUUGGAGCUGGAGAGUUGCAUCUAGAGGUCUGCUUGCAGGACCUUGAGGAGGAGCAUGCCGGGGUUGCCAUCAAGAGAUCUAAACCGUUGGUCAGUUACCAAGAGACUGUUAGCGAACAGUCAGACCGCAUCUGUUUAGCCAAGUCCAGUAACAAGUUGUGUCGACUGUAUAUGACAGCUGAACCACUCCCUCCAGGUUUAGCAGACGACAUAGAGCGAGGGAAGGUAAAGAGUACAGACGAUGUGAAAGAGAGAGGCAGGUACCUCGUAGAUAACUAUGAUUUCGAUCUGACCCACUCCAAGAAGAUUUGGUGUUUCGGUCCCAACAGCUCUGGGCCUAACAUGCUGAUUGACUGCAGUAAGGGUGUGCAGAACUUGCACGAAAUCAGGGACACGGUGGUCGCUGGCUUCCAAUGGGCUUCUUCAGAGGGAGUUCUUUCCGAAAGUACAGUCCGAGGUGUGAGAUUUAAUUUCCAAGACGCUCACUUCCGGGGUGAUCCGAGUCAUCGAGGAGGCGGACAGAUUAUUCCCGCUACACGCCGUGUCAUGUUGGCAGCCAUGUUAACAGCGAAACCAAAAUUGUUUGAACCGGUAUAUCUGGUCGAGGUGAUGUGCCCAAAGACAUGUCUGGGCUCUGCGAUAAAUCUGCUGUCGAGGAAACGCGGUGAGGUGAUCGAUCAGCAACAACAAGAGGGAACACCGAUGUGCACGGUCAAGGCAUACAUGCCAGUCAACGAGUCUUUUGGCUUCAAUGGUGAACUGCGAGGUGAUACAGGAGGUCAAGCGUUCCCACAAUUCAUAUUCGAUCACUGGCAACUUCUGCCCGGGGAUCCUCUGGACGUUUCAUCUAAAGCUGGUGAAAUAGUAGCAGACAUACGGAAAAGGAAAGGCCUACAUGUUGAAGUACCAGCUCUUGACAACUUUUUGGACAAACUGUAAUUUUUCAGGACACUCAACUUUACUUGAUCUUUCGAAUUUCGUUUAAUAUCAAUGUUUAUUGCUGAGAGAGUUAUUUCUGCCUAAUGUGAUAUUAACAAGUAAAGUACUAUCCAAAAUUUGUCUUCAGUAUCUAAAGAAAGAACAUCAAACUUUGAUAAAACAAUAAAUGGAGUGAAACAUG